UCGGCCAAACUCCUUCCCGAAGCAGCAGCACCAUUUUGCGUUCCCGCCGGCGGUGUGUGAGGCUUCUGCUUCCUCCCCGUCCCCACCAACACUUGUUAUGGUCCGUCUUUUUAAUUAUGGCCGUAAUUCGCGCCCGGCGGGUGUGGAUGGGACCUUGCUGUGGCUUCAGUGUGCGUUCCCCGGAGGACCGUCCAUGCUGAGCGUCUCGUGCCUUAUUAGCGGUGUGCCUCUCCCCCAGGGAAGGGUCUGGUUUGAUGUUGUGUGUGUGUGUGUGUGUGUGUGUGCGCCCGUUGAAAAAUGGGAUUGUUUGUCUUCCUGCAUUUUGAGUGGUUUACAUAAUCUGGAUUCAAGCCUUUUUUGUUGGAUAUGUGACUCACAGGUACUUCCUGCCAGCCUAUCCCUUGUGUCCUCACUUACUAACGAUGUCUCGUGGCAGGGAAAUGUCUCGAGUGUCGAUGGCAUUUUAUCAGUUUCUUUCAUUGGUUGUGUUUUUGGGGUUGUAUCUGAGACAUCUUCACCUAACCCAAGGUCGUGAAGAUGUACCCACGUUUCUUUCUGAAUAGCCGUGGUUUUAGACCUUACGUUAAGGUCUGUGAUCCAUUCUGAGUUAAUUUUUUUUCCAAAGCUGACACAGUGGUCAGGGUGUUGUUUUUUUUUUUUUUUUUACAUUUAUUUAUUUUUGAAGGAGAGAGAGACAGAGCGUGAGUGGGGGAGGGACAGAGAGAGAGGGAGACACAGCAUCCGAAGCCGGCUCCAGGCUCCGAGCUGUCGGCACAGAGCCCGACGUGGGGCUCGACUUCGUGAACCGGGAGAUCAUGACCUGAGCCCAAGUCGGACGCUCUACCGACUGAGCCACCCAGGUGCCCCCUGAGUUAAUUUUUAUAUACAGUGUAUGACUUUGUCUGUGCCGAGAUAGGGGGUCUGUGUUUGUGGUGUUUGCACGUGGCUGUCCCAGCAUGAUUCAUCGGGGGAGAAAACACCCAAACUGCUUUUGCCUCCGUUGAAUUGCCGUGGCCCCUUUACCAAACCUCCAUCAGUGCGUCUGAUGCCCCAGCUUUGUCUUCUCUCCCCCUCCUCUUGCUCAUAGCGGUGGUGGGCACAGUGGCUGAGCGUAACUCUGACCCCUACUGGAAGUAUAUCACCGCGUGAUCAGAUCUGCCCAGAGCCGGCGGCCCUCGGUUGGUCAAAGGCACUGUGGUCCCGUGCACAGCAUAGGCCUGGCUCUGCCACUUGCCGGCUGUGUGAUCUGGGCUAAGUUUCUUAAUCGGUCCCUGCCUCAGUUUCCCCACCUGUGAACCAGGGGGUGCUGAUAGCUGCUUACCUUGCGGGGUUAUUAGAAGAAAGAUGAGCCAAGACGUAUAAGGUGCUGGGAGGGGGCCCCGCACAGCGACGGUCGGCUGUUCCACGGACGCGUGCCGUGUCCCGACUCCCACCGUGCCUCUGGGCUGGCCUUGCUCAGCCCACAGAAAUGAGAGCAGGGAGGGGUGGUGGAGGGGCGCUCGGCACAGCCUGCAGCUGUCCAGGGAGGGGCUCCUUUAGCCCGCCAGCCUGGCUCAUCUUGUUAUCAGCUGCAAGGGGCCACAGAUGUGACUCCACACCUUUUUGGUGUAAACGCCCCCCCUUUUCUGGGAAGGCGGGCAGAGCCCGGGUCCCUUCCCGAGGCCGGAGCGUCCCCCUCUGAUAAUCCCACGAGUGAAGAGCUGCGAAUCCUGAGAAGAGAAGCUUAACCCCCUCUCUGAUUGGUUUGCCCUGGAUUCUGGUGCCAAACGUGCGUGUACACUUGCCUGCACACGCGCACCCUUGCACACGUGCACACACAUCCUGCCUAACAGGCUCCUCGUCCUCCUCCUCCCUUUCCCCCUGCCAUUUACAAGCACCUCCCCCUGCAGAGACCAGACCCUUGCCCCCUUCCGCCCCUGCCUGGGUCCCGAUGCGUCUCCCGGGGUGGGGGUCUCUACCUCGGCACUGCUGACGUGUGGGGCUGAACCAGCGUUCGUCGUGGGGACCGUCCCGGGGCAGCGUGGGAUGGGGAGCAGCGUCCCAGGCCUCCACAUACCAGACGCUGGCGUGUCGUGACAGCAAAGCGUGUGUCCAGACAUUGCCGCGUGUCCCCUGCAGAGCAGACCCACGCCCCACCAGAAACAGUCGCCCUGCGGGAUCUUGUUAAAGGUGUGCAAGACAAGUUGGGAACAGAGCCUGGGCCCUGGCGGGCGGGUGUGGGCCAAAGUGAUCCGGAGGGACAUGUCGUAGGGCUCGUCCCGCAUUCCGAGCUCCGUGUGCCUUGUCUCCAGGGGCUCCGCUCUGCUCAGAGCGUUCCGGGCCACCGCGUGCGUCUCCUGUCCUUGCGUGUCCUCGGCCCCUGGCGCCUUGGCCCCCACCACCCUCCCUCCGAAGCCGUGUCCCGCGGAGGCCACCGACAUGAGAAGAAACACAGGCAGAACCGCUCAGCCGUGUCCCAGACCCAACCACGAAGCCCCACUUUUGAGGCGGAAGCACAGAUUGCUCCAAGCCCGCGAGAGAGGAGACCUUGCUCUGCAGAGAGGACAAGACCGCCAGCAGCCCCAGCGCCUGGCCGAGGGGCCGAAGUCAGGGUCCCCGAGCCCACGAGCGCGAGGCCCGGAGAGGCCGUGUUUAGCGCAUCCGUUCGGUGUCGCGGGAGGACAGGCCAGGGAGCACCCACCUGACUUGGAGGGGCCUGCCCAGCGAGGAGCGGCCCGGCUGCAGGGGGCCGGGGAGAAGCACAGAGCAGAGAGGAGUCACCCAGAGGAGCCGGUGAGACCGCAGCCCCAGCGCACCAAGAGGAAGGCGGUGGGCAUGGAGAAGCGGGGGGCUACCAAAGCCACGGGCCCGACCCGUCGCCCCCGCUGCGCCCCAGAGAAGAAUAAGGGGAAGCGAGUGCCUUCGACAAAGACCGGCGGUGGCCGCCGUCCCGCUGACCCGCAGGUGAGCAGAGGGGUGAACACGGAAAAGCUGUUGGCUGCCGUGGAGGGACCGGAAGGUCUGGAGAAAAGGGAGAGAGAAGGAGCCUGGGACGGGAGGAGGCAGCCGGGAAAGGAGGCGCGUUCUCCCGUCCAAGGCCUGGAAAACAACUGUCUGGAUCAGGGUCCCCAGGGAAAAGCGAAAGACCUAGAACAGCUGCGGCCGCUUGGCUCUCCCCUCAGAAGGGGAGCCACGUCACCGGUGUCCCUGCGCUGGCACGGUGACAGGAGCAGGUGGCAGAGGGAGCUGGAGUUUGCCUUCGAAGAGUUGUUUGACACCAACAGAAAGCUGAAGGAACACCUGAUCUUGAACCUUGCACCCAGGCCCGGGGCGGAUCACAGCCCCGGCGGGGAGCACGGCCUCUCGGGGAUGCAAGGCUACGGAGGCGAGACCCAAAGAGACCAGAAGACGGGAGGUGUGGAGACGGAAAUGGAUCCUGGCAGGGAGUCCAUGCGACCCGCGGAUGUGGACGCCCGCCAGACGGCGUCCCGAGACAGUUGGAGAAAGUUCCUGAGCGAGCUCGAGAACCAGAAGUAUCACAGGUUGGCCAAGCUCACGUUUAGGAAUGAGAGUAAGCCGUCGUUUCCCCCGGCAGGAGGGUCUGUCGGUGAAGAGACCCGGCUCCCGUGCUCCAGCUCUGGGCAGGCACCGGCCGGGCUCGACCCGCUGGCCGGGGGCCCCCGUCGCCCUGCCCCACAAGACCUGCCAGACGGAGCUGGCCGCAUGGCAUUGCGGCCCAGGCGGAGGGCGGAGACGGGGCGGGGGCCGGGUCGGCAGACGGGACCCCAGGGGCUGAGCUGGGGAGCCCACCCCCAGACUGAGCUGGAGGAGCCCAGAGAACAGGGAAGGGCGUGCGUGGCUCUUCUGAAGUCCCCCUCCUCCCGAGACCCGGACGAGGAAGGGCCGUAUGAAGGCGACGCCACUUCCCCCUGGCCCUCUGGCUUCGAGGACGAUGACGGGCACAGUCAGAUGAUCCGUGACCUUCAGCAGCAAAUUGAAGAACAAAACAAGUUGCACAAGCAGUUUCUCGAAGACGCCAGGAAACGCUUGCAGGAGUUCCAGAGGAUGUGAUAAGCGCGAGAGUUCCGCCCGCAAUAAAUACACCGUUGGUACCCAAGCCCGUGCCCUCUGUGUCUGCGUCACCCGCUCAGGAGCCAGUAGGCACCCCGCUUCACAGCGGCCUCCCCGGCGCGACCGCGGCAG